AUGCGCAUCGCCGCCCUCUCCCUCACUCUUCUCCCCCUCCUCCUAUUCCUCGCCGCUGAAACCACCGCCGCCCCCGCCGACAACCGUACCUGGGCCGAAAUGCUCGCGGACAUCCCGUUCCCCACCGACCCCUGCAACCACGGCAACCUGGAGGAAGCAGUGGCCAAGAAGAAGGCGACGCUGGGGAGCGCGCGGAAGAAGCUUACGCCGACUGAAGAGCUAACAGAGAAUGGGAUAGCGGUCAUGAAGGUUAAGAUAGAGAGAUUAAAGAAGAAGGAGGAGGCGGCAAAGAAGUCGAAGGGAGGGUAG